UGUUUCUGCUUUCCCCCAUCAUCCUCUGCGCCGCCUUCUCUUUCUCUCUCCCUUUGCCGCCAUUGUGAUCGCUGCCGGGUAGCGCUUGGCCAUGUCUUCCCACAAGACAUUCAAGAUCAAGCGGUUCCUUGCUAAGAAGCAGAAACAGAACCGGCCUAUUCCACAGUGGAUCCGCAUGAAAACUGGCAAUAAGAUCAGGUACAACUCCAAAAGGAGGCACUGGAGGAGGACCAAGCUGGGACUGUAAAGCUAAGCAGCUACAACCCCAUUGACGUGUCUACCCUGCGUCAAGCUCUCAAGCCCCAGAAUGGCCCCUUCCGAUCAACCUGCCACAGCUCUAUUUUCAGGGCUGAGUCCUGUCAUGUGUCGUGAAGUUUUUUCUUUCCUAAAACCUUCGUUUUCACAUGAGAGUUUCUGAAAGAAUUAAAACUGAAUAAUGGA